AUGACAGAUAUCAGAACAGCAACCCACCCCGCCUCUUCCAAUGGGGUGGUAGCCACACCACCUGCCGCGGAGGCAUCGCCGAAGACGCCCGCGGAGGGCUCGGAAGCUAGUAAACGCGUCGUCCCUGCGGCGCCGAGGGGUCCGCCGCUCUGGAAGAUACAUGAAUUGCCAGUCCCCGUUCGCACGUUUCCCCUGCCUAGCUUCUACCCAAACAACCCGCUGUCGCUCUUCCACGUUGCCUACGCCUGGGUCACCCAGGUGCUCUCGCCGCCACGAGAGCCCUCCGCCGUGCACCUGGGCAUCUGGUCGCCCAAGACUCGGUCCGUCCACAUCACCGAUCCCAAGUCGAUACGCGCCCUCUGGGAGCAAGGCUUCUAUGGAAAGGGACACCUGAGCAGGAGUGAACCAAACUGGCUCAAGCGCGAGCAGGCUAGAACUGGUGCCCACAAGGACCAUGUCGCCGAAGUGUUUACCAUGAAGAGGCGUGAAGAACGUAUGCAGAUGAAAUGGGAACGUGCCAGAAAGGAGCAGGAAGCAAUCCAGCGCACCCGCUACGAGGAGGCCCGCAUUGCCCCCAUUGGACCUAAGGAGUUGCUUGCCCUGCCAAACUCGUCCCAGGAAUUGGAUUCUGUGAUCUACGGCCUCCUGCCGAAUGGCCUGAUUGGCGAAGCAAUGUCCAACGACACCUUCUACCAGGAGCCCUCGCCCGUUGUUGAGUCCAAUGUCGUAUCCCUGGAAAACGGGAAUGCCACGUUUCCCUUGCUGAACGGCGGCCACAAGAGACCGCAGACCCCUACAAGUAAACCUGCCACUUCUCCUAACGAGUCUCCCGAGAACGGCCAACCACCCAUGAGACGCCGGAAAAGUGUACGGUUCUCGCCCAAGGUCGAAUCGACCACGUUCCAGUACUCGGACCCACCAAGUCCUAAGCAGACUAUGAUGGCCGUUGGGAACGGCAACGGGAAGGCCCUAGACGGCAUCUUGACCAAUGGCGCUUCACCUCUUUCUCGGGAGUCAAGUUUACUGCUGGGUGAGGUUCCGACCAUGUCACCCAUACCCGAGGCAGACAUGCCAGCCUUACCUGCCGAGUCUGCCCCUAUCCUCGAUAAGGAGCACCUACAGCUGACGCUGGAAGAGACAUUCUGGCUCAGCUUCGGCCUUGGAGUGCUGGAGGUCAAGGACGAGAAGACAAACGCAUCGCUCCCUACCGAGGCUUUGUUCAGGCUUUGCCGAGAGCAUUCUUACUUUCCCCCCCGGACAACGGGGCUGCAACCGGACGACCCGUUCCUCAUCCAUUAUGCCGUGUAUCAUCACUUUCGAUCGCUCGGGUGGGUCACACGCCCGGGUAUCAAAUUUGGUUGUGACUGGUUAUUGUACCAUCGUGGACCUGCAUUCAGUCACGCCGAGUUCGCCAUCGUCGUUCUCCCGUCGUAUUCAGAUCCUUACUGGAAAAAGCAAGGCCGCGACAAGUCGGACAAAUCUUGGCAUUGGCUUCACCUGGUCAAUCGUGUACAGAGCACUGCUUUGAAGACUCUGAUACUGGUGUACGUCGAUGUUCCAGCUCCAGCUGAGGUCGACCUGGAUAUCCCGUCCACCUUAAAGAGGUACAAGAUCAGGGAAGUCAUGGUCAAGCGUUGGUUGAUCAACCGGAACCGAGAUUAG